AUGCCAGCAUUAAAGAUCAUCAAAAUGUCAAUUCUCCGAGCGUUAUGUUCCCGUAUACGACUCUUCCUGGAUAUAGUAAUAGAUUUUAUAUUCUCCUUAUACUGGGAAUGCAAGAAUAAAAAGUUACCAGACUUGGACGAAAAACACGCAUUUCUCGCAGACAGUGCUGUAUCCUUAGCACAGAGGAUUAAAUCAAAGCAAUUGAAAUCUGAAGAUCUGGUUAAAGCCAUUAUUGAGAGGAUAAAACAGGUGAAUCCAAUUUUAAAUGCAGUUGUAACAGAAAGAUAUGAAGAUGCCCUAAAUGAGGCUAGAGAAGUAGACCGGCUGGUCAGUGCUGGCCUUUCCGAACAAAUGGCAAAGAAACCGUUCCUGGGUGUCCCAUUCACAAUGAAAGAGAGUCAAGCAUGGAAAGGCAUGCCUUUGACCCUUGGGCUCUGGAGUCGCAGGAACGAAAGAGCUGUAGAAGAUAGCGAGGCCAUCAUAAGGUUGAGGGAAGCAGGUGCCAUUCCCUUAGCCGCAACUAACCUACCAGAACUUUUAAUAUGGCAAGAAACGCGUAACCCAGUGUACGGAAUGACAGUUAAUCCCCAACACACGGGUAGAACUCCCGGUGGUUCCAGCGGCGCUGAAGCGGCCCUCACUGCUACUUACGCAACUUCUAUAAGUCUUUGUUCUGAUGUUGGAGGUUCAACUCGGAUGCCUGCCUUCUACUGUGGAAUGUUUGGACACCAUCCCACCGCCAACACAACAUGUAUGAGAGGCGUCCUCUUUCGUGAGGGCAACGAAGACUCCAUGUUCUGUCUGGGCUUCAUCUCCAGGCACGUGGAAGAUUUAGUUCCUCUCACCAAGAUAAUAACGGCCCAAAAAGCUGAUAAAUUAAAUUUGGACAGAAAAAUUAAUUUAAGGAAUGUAAAGUUUUAUUAUUUGGACUCGAGCAGCGACUGUCUAGUCAGCCCGUUGCGAUCUGAAAUGACAGAGGCGAUAAUGAAGGUCGUUGAGAACCUUAGAGGGAACCUUAAAGUGGAAGUUCAGCCUUACCAUCACAAGGGUUUUGACUACAUGUACCGUUUAUGGAGCUACUGGAUGAGCAAGGAGCCUGGAAACUAUUUCAAGCUGGCAACCAACAGUGAAGUAGAACUUAAUGCGUGGACUGAAAUGGGUAAAAAGCUCAUAGGAAUGAGCAAGCACUGUCUCUUCCUAAUAUUGCGGUGUCUGGAGCUGAGAGCGUUCCCUCAACUGGACAGCGUGUGGGCGGAGAAAAUCACGCAGGAGCUGAAAGAUGAUCUGGCUAACAAACUUGGCGACAACGGAGUUCUUCUGAUGCCGAGCGCGCCCCAUGCGGCUCCCUACCAUUACUCAUUCUACCUUCGACCCUAUAACUUUGCCUACUUUGGUAUCGUCAAUGCGCUCAAACAUCCAGCUACUCAGGUUCCCCUGGGCACCAAUAGCAAAGGAUUACCAUUGGGACUUCAAGUCCUUUCAACGCCAUACAACGAUGCUGUGUGCCUUGAAGUUGCGAAAUAUCUAGAAAAAGAAUUCGGCGGCGCCAUAAUGCCUUGUGCAAUUAAAAACAAAGCGUAG